CCUUCGUUCGAGGCAGUCAAUCCGUAUUACCAUGGUGUUGAGAUACUUAUUGUAGAUGACGUGUCCAUCCAUGACAAGAAAACUUUAGAGAAAAGGAGGAAAAAAUAAUUUUACCAGAAGGAAAUGCCUUUAUUGGAUUUAAAACAUGAUGAGGAUAGCAGAACGUGCUAUGUAUUGCUGGCUUUGAAAGGAAUACUUACGGUGUCAGCUAUUGUGUUGAUAGCCUCAAGUACACAGAUUUCAAUUGUCAAACCAUGUGAUUUAGAGAAGGCCAUUGAUUUACUUGGUCUGGACGUCACCGCUCCUUGUCCUAACAAAAAUAUUAAGGAGAAGUCUACAAGUCUACGUGAUUGGGGAAUAGGAGUGUUAGUUGUGAAUUUUAUUCUUUUUAUAAUAAUAUCAUUUUUUAGGUUGAUGCCUGAAAAAUUGAAACUGGCAUUGUUCUCUAUACUUGCUUGUGUUGGAAUCCUUUUUUCAUACAUAAUGGUAAAAUCCUAUAAUGAUGUUAUGAAAGCCGAAGCAGAAAAAUCAGAUAUAGACUUUGGUCAAUUAAAGUCAACAAUGAUCGAAUCACUGGAGAAAAAUUACACUUCAGACAACAUCAGUAGUAGUAAUCCAAUCUCAAAUAGCUGGAACAAGUUCUUCAUCAAGUACGACUGUUGUGGUAUAAACCAAGUUGAAGGAACGACCAACGACUUUGAAAGCACUCCGUGGUGUACUACAUCCGGUUCCUGUCAGGCAACAUCUUCCCAGAUCCCAAAGACCUGCUGCAAUGGUGUCUCAGAGGACGAUUAUGAAAGUGCACCGACCGCCUGUCAUUCCUCUGUCACUCCUGGGACCUAUAAAUCGAACUGUAUGAUCGCUAUCAAGCCGUUAAGUGUUACAAACAUCGAUGAAUGCAUAAUUAUCCUGCUACAAGUUUCUCUACUCACCAUUGGGACUUUGGAGAUAGCUGAAGUAAUCCUUGUGCUGGUUUAUGCAAUAGAGUGUGCUUGCUUCAAAUUCAGUACUAAAAACAAAACAUGCCCUGGAGACCAAGAGAACAGAAAUAAAAAUGAUGGGAAUGGUACUACAAACAAGAACACGAGUACUGAGCGGAAUGAGAGUUUAACUUAAAGGACCGAGAGUGAAAAUCAAAACGAUGUAAAUAGAUAAACAUUUCAAUCUUACAUUCAUUAUGAUGUUUGACGUUUGUAAUGUACGCUUUUAAAGUUUCAGAUAUAUAUUUAGAUAUCUUUUUCAUCACAAGAUGGCUUAUUAUCCGAUGGCUAUCGAUUAUAUUUAUUGGGGGGGGGGGGGUUACGACUAUCAUGUUUAUCGUAAAGGUACGUAGAGUAAACAGAAAAUAAGAAUUAACUUUGCUUCAUGUAAAUAAAUAGUUUAGAAUUUGACUUGACAUUUAUCCAUUUGUAUAUCAUAUUGUUGAAACAUUUCAAUACAUUCUAGAACUUCCUUAUGGUAGAAUAUUUUUACUUAGAUUUGCGAAAAUUAUCAAAUGGAAAAAAUAAUCAUCUUUUUUAUUCACUGAUUUUAUUCUUAAGUUUUAAACUAAGAGAAAAAAAACGGUAGCGUCACAGAUCACGCAAAUUUUAUCGUCAAUCUGAACACUGUUUAAUAUAGUAUUUUAUAUAGUACAUUGUGCACUAAAAUUGAUGUACGCGUGAGAUUGACACAUAUGUAUUCUCUAUUUACAUAUUUUUGCUAAGAUAUUAUCUUGUAUUUUGUUUUAUUACUUUGUUUGUUUAAUUGUCAAUCUAUUGACCAUAUUGUUUUAUUUUUUUUUCUUGUAAGGUGAAAUUUAAUUGAAUAAAUAAGAGAAAAAUGCAGACUGAAUAUUUUCGUCAAAAAGUAUCCAAUGACUAGACAUUUGCAUUUAACUCGGUAUAUUUCUUUGAAACCAGUAUUACCUCAUGUGGUGCAAUUGAUUGUCGACAGAAUGCAACAACAGAAACUUGAUUCCAUAACCUCAUAAAGGUUUAAAAUAUUCAUGAGCACAUGAAUCCGAUGAUCAUAAUAAAAGAAUAAAUGUCUGUUAAAUCAGUUCUGUAAUUAAAAAAAGCCAUUAAAAAAGCUCCAAAAAAUUUUGUAAGCAAAUAUUUUUGAAUCAAACUUUUGUGAAGUUGUUGCUUAAUUAUUUUACCCAUAUACCCCCAGAGAGCAGUGAAUCAAUAUGUUGGUUUGAAUUUCAUUUCCAAAAUAAUGAUCACUAGUUGCUAAUCUGAAUGUUGGACUAUUUCUUUUUGCAUUAUUGAAAUAUUCCCUAGAAGUGCUAGCACAAAAACCUGUAUUUACGACAUUUGAUUACUUUAUCAUUAAACUGCGCGUUGUCCAAAUUAUACAACUCUUCGAUGAAACCUUUUCUAAAGACAGUUCCAUCUAUCUAAUUUUAUAAGGUUAAAUUAUAUUGACAACUAAAUUAGUAAGACUCAGUCAUAAGGCAGUCCAGAGUACCCGUGGAUUUACUUUGCUUUAUUUAUCUAGUAUUUGUUGUCGCUUUUUGGAAUUCCCAUGGGUAUCAAUUGUGCCCCAUUGUUAGCAGACCUAUUUAUUUUCGUAUGAAGCAAAAUUUAUUUAAAAACUUGUAGGUGAAAAAAUUAAAUCACUUGCUGUGGCCUUCAACUCAACAUUAAGGUAUAUCGACGACGUCUUAUUGAUUAACAAUUUUACGUUGACUCGAUAUAUCCCAGUGAACUUGAAAUAAAAGAUACAGCAGAGUCUGCGUCAUUUGUUGAAAAACGCGAUGACUUCAAUUUUUCUAGAGUCAACUUUCCUCACUUACGUAGCAAUAUACCUUCAUCACCUACAUAUGAUGUUUUUGUCUCUCAGUUAAUUCGAUACAUAAGGGCAUAUUCUUCGUAUGCACAGUUUCUAAGGCGAGGCAAGCUACCGACAAACAGGUUGAUAAAACAGGGCUAGCAACAGUCUCGUCUGAAGUCAUCUUUUCGUAAGUUUUAUGGUUGAUACAACGAGCUUGUCAGCAAAUACAAUCUUCCACUGCACUGGGUCGCACGCUGACUUACGUUUUUAAUACUAAUUGUUAGACCAUAACUAAUCAUCUAAUUGUCUACGGACUUUUCACCAGAUCAUGCUUACUCCUCCUAGGCACCUGAUCCUACCUUUAUCUUUUUUAGGUCCGUGUUGCUCCGCUUUGAAUUUGUAUUUCGUUUUAUCGAUUUUUGAGAUGGUUAACAGUUUGUUAUUGUCAUUUUUAUCCACACCAAAAAUCGAAGUAAUAAGUAGAGCGAACAAUGUUUUAACAUAACUACCAUGUGGUUCAUUGAGGCAUUAAAAAAACCCUUCUUUAAAAACUAUAAAGCAACCGUCCAUAAGAGGCUUGAUGUUGAAAGAAAUUCUUUCAAGCAGUUAACGAUAUCGGAUUUAUUAACUUUUGAAUAUGUUAAUCAGUUGUCAAUAAAAUCAGUUUUGCUAUUUUUCCCCUCUACAGGAUUUCAUU